AUGGAAGCCAUGACCUUACAGGGACUACCGAACGGUAACGAACUUAUUGACCACCCCAGGGAGGAAAACCCAACGCCGAUGGCACAGCCCGCCGAGGAGCUCGAGACCAUGAUCCUAAACGAGGAAUUCCCCGAUCGGUGGGUGAAGAUCGGCACCAAUCUGGACCCCGACCUCUGA